GGCAGGAGGAGGGUGAUGGCUGCGUCCCCUUCCACAGUCUCCACCGCGCCCUCCGCCGCUGCCACGCAUUCCCCCGACGCCCAGCCCACGCCCGCGGCACACACCCACGCCCACACCGCCACCGCAAGCAUCUGAAAAGGCACGCAUAGGUGUUGAAGUGGAGUGAGCGGCGGGUGGUGGCGGCGGCGGUGCUGAUGGCCACGAUCCCUCUCGCCGCGCCCGCCUUCUGGGACGUGUUUCCCAGCCCGCCGGAGACGUGCCCCGGAGUGCGUACCUUCCUCGCCGCCCCCAGCGACGUCUACAUCAGCGGGCUGCUGUCGGUGCAUGAUGGCGGGCGCUGUGGCCUGGUUGACCCUGUCGCUGUGCAGCUGCUGGAGGCCGCCCGCUGGACCACCUUCAAGAUGGGUCAGGUCAACUUCAUUCCCGGCGUGAAUCUUGGUGUGAACGUGUACGACACGUGUGGGGGCCGCGAAGCCACACUGCGGGCUGCGGUGUCCGCCGUGGUGGAGGGCGGCUACCUGGACCCCCCUCACUGCCGGCCGGCGCCCCACGUGGGUGUGCUGCACGCCCACCCCGACCACCCGCAGCUCUCCUCCUUCCUGAAGGAUGUGGGAGUUCCGACCGUCGGUGUUGGGGAGGAGGACUUCACACCACAACUGGAGGCCCUGAUGCCCCUCCUGCUGCGGGUGAACUGGACCUCGGUGGCCGUCGCUGCGCCCUCCAUUCAGAUGCUGCGGCGAUUCGGUCAUCUCGCGGCCAGGUAUCGCAUCUGUGUGGGGGCCGAGGCGCUGCUGCCCUCGGUCACCAGCGACCAGCAGGACUCCCGCACGACGCUGGAGAAACUGGAACGGGCGGGGACGGGGGGCGUGGUGGCAGUGGGGCCGCAGCACCGACUCCACUCCAUCCUCGUCGCCGCCGCUGCUCUCAACUUCACCAACUUCCGCUGGGUGUUGGCGCCCACCGGACCCCUUCAGGAGCGGGUCUUCCAGGGACUCAGCUCUGUGGCCUCGGGCGUGGUGGCGCUGCGGAGGGCAAGCCAGACGGUGCCAGAGUUCGGGGAGCACUUCCUUAAUCUCGGUGCCUCUGCCGCCGACGAGGCCCUGCACCCAAGCCUCUCGCCAGGGGAGUACGUGGAGGAGCCCGCAGUGUUCGAGAUGGUGGAGGCAGUGUUCAGGGUGGGCGCGGCGGUGCGGCGGGCGGUGAAGCAGUACUGUGGCGGCAGCGGCUGGUGCCCCAACGCCACCCUGGACCUGGAGGAGGCCGAGAGCGAGGGUCUGGACGUGAUAGAGGAGCUUUCCAUCAAGGCCCAAAGACCACGCUACGAGGUGCUGCGACUCUCUGCCAACCAGGAGGGGACCCUUACCUUUACCAAUGUUGGGCACGUGACUACAGGAAGGCUGGAGCUGGAUGCCCGCGCCGUCGGGCUGCCUCAGUUCCCGUGCCUUGGCUGCCGCUGCCUCAACGUGCGCUUCUCCUUCCUGGCUGACCUGCGGUGGCGCUCCGAGGCGUGGGUCACCAUCUGCGCCACCAUGGCCAUCAUAGGCUUCCUCCUCGCCUUCGCCAUCAUCGUCUUCAUCUCGGCACGCACGUGCCGCGGGAAGGCGUCUGAGGGCUCCCAGGGCUUCUCCAUCCUGCUGCUUCUGUCGUGCAUAUUCCUGUAUGCCGCCAUCCUGCCCUACAGCUUUGAGGCGAGCAGCCUUAUUUGCGCCUUGCGACCCUUCGCCACCAGCCUGUCUUACGCCCUCAUGCUGGCCAUCCUCCUGGCCCGCUCCCUCAUGAUGGCCACUGCCGACUCCGAAGGUGACUGGUACUACAGCGGGUACAGGCUACUCUCCCGCCGCAGACUGGUCGGGCACGUCAGCGGCCUGGUGCAGACGGCGCUGCUCUUCUUCAUGGUGGCCGUGCAGGCGGGGCUCGGCGUGCAGCAGUGGGUCAUGACGCCACCGCGGACCUUCCUGGCAGACACGCCGCCAGAGGGAGGUGUUCUCUACGCCUGCUCUGGUGAUCGUCUGUACUUCCUCAUCUCCCUGUCCUACGUCAUGUUCCUCCUGUUGCUACAGCUGCUCGUCUCGCCUUUCACCAUCCGCUCCCGACGAAACUACCACGAGGGUUUGCUGUUCUUCGUGGCGACUCUUCUCCUCACGGGCGUAUGGGUCGCGUGGGCCACUCUCUUCAUGCUCCUUCCGCCCGUGUGGACCGAGGCGUGCGUGUGCCUCGGCCUGGCGGGAACGGCAACGUGUGUGCUGGUCUCCGUGUUCGUUCCCAAAACCUACCUCAUGGUGCGCGCGUCCGCCAGGGAGUCAGCCCACAUCCGCCCUCUGUCACGCCCGCAGUCCAGCCAUGACCUAGUCCGCGCCUCGAACCUCGCCCUGUACGACUCGAUCGGUCAUCUGCCGGAGAUGAUGCACGCAUACUCGCCAGAUCCCACCAUUGUCCACCUCCCAGCCUACAAGGAGAACCCGUACGAGCCCUACUCUCACUACCAGCCCUCUCCGCACAAGGUGACACAGUUCUAGUGAGGCUCGGGACCGAGGAGCUGAAAUUGAACGAAAAACACCCAGCAAGUCCUCCUCGUCCCCUUUCAACUUCUCGCCAGCUUCUUGCAUGCCUUUCCUUAUCCCUCCCUCCCUUGAGGUACAUGUCAACAUCGUGAGUGACGUGCCUGUUCAUAAUUUUCUGGACACCUAAAACAACACCGCAAGAGGGCGUGUGCAGAUGCUGAGGACGAAGUCAAGUGACAAGCUACACGUUGCACGCUUUCCGAAAGUUGACCCAUGAGGAAUCUGCCACUUCUCUCAUUGUUAGAGUUAAUUCAGUAGAUGAUUUCACAUUUUCAUAUUUUAUGCGAUUUUGUAAUUAGAUAAAUGUCAGAGAAGUUAUCAGAUGUACAGAGGCGGGCAAUAAAAACUCAACACUUUUGUAUCAGA